AUGCUCCUGUCCCCGGGGCUGGUUCAGGGUCCCGGCACCAUAUUGACAGCGGCUCUGCGGGACACGCGGGCCAGGCUGCAGCCUAUGCCCCAAGCAAACUACAUUAGGGAACAUCUGCCUUACGUUUGCCAGGGCCAAGUAACACGCGGCUUCAGCCGCGGCUCCAAGCAGCUAAGCAUCCCCGCAAAGUGUAUCUCUCUGCAGGAUUUGUCAGUCUCUUUAGAAGCAGUGUAUGGAGAAGCCAAAGAAGGAGCAAAUUCUGAUGAAAUACUUAAAAAAUUUUAUGCCUGGAAGUGUGAUAAAAGAGAGGAGUUCACCAAUGUUAGAAGCGAAACAGACGCUUCUCUGCAGCGUCUGGUAGCAUGGUUCCAAAGAACCUUAAAGGUUUUUGACCUGUCUUUGGAAGAACCACUGAUUUCUGAAGACGUAGUUGAUAAUGUUGAUGAAAUCUUAGAGAAGACUGAGUCAAGUGUCUGCAAAGAGCUGGAGAUAGCUCUGGUUGAUCAAGGUGAUGCAGACAAGGAGAUACUUUUAAAUACAUAUAGUCAAGUACUGCAAAAGAUUCGUUCAGAGGAAAGGCUCAUUGCCACAGUACAAGCUAAGUACAAGGACAGUAUUGAGUUUAAAAAGCAGCAUAUUGAAUAUUUAAAUAAGAGUCCCAGUAUGGAUCACUUGCUGUCCAUUAAGAAGACAUUGAAAAGCUUAAAAUCUCGACUGAGAUGGAAAUUGGUUGAAAAGAAUAAUUUGGAAGAGUCAGAUGACCCUGAUGGCUCUCAAAUUGAGAAAAUAAAAGAAGAAAUAACUCAGCUGCGCAAUAAUGUUUUUCAGGAAAUUUAUCAUGAGAGGGAGGAAUAUGAGAUGCUGACUAGUUUGGCACAGAAAUGGUUCCCUGAGCUGCCUCUGCUUCAUCCUGAAAUAGGAUUACUCAAAUAUAUGAACUCUGGUGGCCUCCUUACAAUGAGCUUGGAACGAGAUCUUCUUGAUGCUGAGCCCAUGAAGGAACUUAGCAGCAAGCGUCCUUUGGUAUGUUCUGAGGUUAAUGGGCAGAUAAUUCUGUUAAAGGGCUAUUCUGUGGAUGUUGACACAGAAGCCAAGGUGAUUGAGAGAGCAGCCACCUACCAUAGAGCUUGGAGAGAAGCUGAAGAAGAGUCAGGGUUACUACCACUGUUAUUCCUGUUUUUAUGUAAGUCCGAUCCUAUGGCUUACCUGAUGGUCCCAUACUACCCUAGGGCAAACCUGAGUACUGUUCAAGCCAGCAUGCCUUUAAAUUCAGAAGAAGCUUUAAAGGUCAUGAAAGGUGUUGCCCAGGGCCUGCAUACAUUGCAUAAGGCUGAUAUAAUUCAUGGAUCACUUCAUCAGAACAAUGUAUUUGCUAUAAACCGUGAACAAGGAAUUGUUGGAGAUUUUGACUUCACCAAAUCUGUGAGUCAGCGAGCCUUAGUGAACAUGAUGGUUGGUGACUUGAGUUUGAUAUCACCUGAGUUGAAAAUGGGAAAACCUGCUUCUCCAAGUUCAGACUUAUAUGCUUAUGGCUGCCUUUUAUUAUGGGUAUGUUACUUUUUGUUGAAAUAG